AUGGCCAAGUGCUUUCUUCUCCUCGUGCUCGCACUUGUCAUGCUGGCUGGCGAUAACGCCCGGCUGGCUCAUGCAAUCAGUCCGAUGUCUCAAGUCACUUCUUCGGAACAACGUCCGGCGGGUGAGUCGGGAUUGGAGGACAAGCAAGUGCCUCAGUCACGUGGCUACACGAAGACCGUCGCCAGUGAAGAACGAGGACCGGCGAAAGUUUUCCCAUUGCCUGGGGGCCUCAUCGUGAGGAGACCAAACGAUGGUUGGGUUGCAGCGAUGAAGAAUGCGGCUGCCGAGAUGAAGAAUGUGCUUUCCAAGACGAAGUAUUUUGCGUCUGCGCUAAAGCUGGAGGGGACGAUCGCAAAGUUCAAAGGCAUGCAACGGCGCAAAACUUCCGUGGACGACUACGGGAAGGAGCUACAACUGGACCCGGCGGCCAUGGAUUCAUACAGAAGCUUCAGAGUCAGCGCUGAAGACCUUCGACGUAGAGGACGCGAGUACGGAUCAUACUUGGACUAUAAGUACUUUAUGGAACGAGGGCCAGAGCAGAUGCGUCUUCGGCUGCGCAAUGAGCAUGCACCAGAGCCUACCCGUUGA